CAUCUAUGCAGUACGAAGCUUAAUGAGGAUGGUGCUGCACACUUUGUUUUUCUAGUGGCAUUAUGGUAAGUUCUGAAGGCGCAAAUCCGGCUUCUUCAGCACAAAACAGAGCAUCCUAUUACACCAUGAGCAGCAAAAAAACCUCCAUCGCCAUGUUGACAGCUGCCGAUGCAAACCGUUUCGGUGAAAGUAUCCACAUCGUUUUCAAAUGGAAACAGAGUCUCUAUAAGAUGAUCUGGAGGCAUUCGCUGAUAUUUCUUAUUGUUUACUUUUCGCUAACGGCUCUGUACAACUUCGGCCUUGGAAAGAAAAACAGAGAACAUUUUGAAGCGUUGACUGCAUAUUUCGCACGAUGUACGCGUUCAUUUAAUUGGAUGAUUAUGUUGGGUUUCUUCACGAACACGGCGCUACAUCGACUGUUCAACACGCAAAUGACGACGCCUGGAACCGCCAAGGUUACCACCAUAUUCAUCAUGUCCCUCAGACAGAAUUUACCUGAAGGUCCAGUGAUUGUUGAUCAGUACGCUCGCUGGGUCGUGCUAGCUUGGAUCCUCACAUUUCGCAUCGUAUGCAAACCACUUAGAGAGAAGUUCCCCAACUUGACUUCGAUUCAAAAUUCAGGGAUUCUUCUCGACGAGGAGAAAAGAAUGCUUCAACGCGGAGGAUUUCCUACGCCACGUCCUUUAAUUGUCAUCGAAUGGAUGCUUCUUUUAUUAAAAGAGUGUGCGAAAGAAGAUAGGUACAUCAACAAGUCAAGUCACAAUAAGAACGUCGAGGCCGUUAUGACGUUCAAAAAAGGUUGCAGCAACAUCGUUAAAUUUUCGUCGCAAAAUAUUCCGCAUUCUGUGAUCCAAGCCGUUAUUGUAGUUGUUUAUUGUUUUGGAAUGGUCGCAACCAUGGCUCGCAAUCUUCCAAGAUUUGACAAUGAAAUCGUCCGACACGUUAUCGCGUACUUCCCUGUGAUGCCCUUCCUUCAGUUUUUCGUAUUCAUCGCGUGGCUCAACGUCGGCAGAGCAGCCGUGAAUCCAUUUGGAAGCGAUGACACUGAUAUUGACGUCAGGAAACUGUGUGAGAGUCACAUCCAGGAUUUGGCUUGGCUCACUGAACUCUACUCUAAAACAUUAGACGAUGUAUUUUAUAACUUGCCACAGAAGCAAUUCAGAACUCAAAACGAAGGCGAGUGUCCAUCAACAUUUACAGAAAUCCCAAUUUGAAAUGCAAAGGCAACGCAUAAAAGGGAGGAGGCAAGUCGGGGAAAGAAAACUUUAUGCAAAAGCAAAAAGGCAGCCGGAAAAGGUACAAUGGCUCGAAAGCAUACGGGAGACUUUUACCUUUACUCAACAAGGUUUUUAAAGAAGUGUACGAUGCAGAAAAUGCCAUUUCACUUUUCGCGUCAUAACUAUUUUGCGCAAGACAACCGGGAUUGACUGCUUUCUUUUUAUGUAAAUGGAGCUCUGAGUUUCGUUACUGCUAUCAAUAGCUCAAAAUUAAAAUUACCUUCUAAAAAUUAAUCACUGUAUAAUGAAGUAUCAAAAUUUGUCUCGUA